AUGUUGAGCGUUUUUAGCUCUCCAUCUCCAGAGAGAGAUGAUUCUACGGUAUCUCCGGUGAAAUCGGCAUCAGAAAUCCUUUCACAAACAGAUUGCCCGGAGUACUUCCAGCUCGACAUAAUGCUUUCACGAGGAGAGAACUUAAAAGCGAUGGAUUCUAAUGGAUUCUCCGAUCCCUACACGACUUUUCUCAUCGGCCCGGAGUCGCUGUGCAAAAGCGAGAUCAAGAAGCGAACUCUCAAUCCGCUGUGGAAUCAAUUCUUUCAAGUCCGAAUCACAGCCGAGCAGGUGGAAAAGCUCAGAAUCGAAGUUAAAGACCGGGACACGUUUUCGAGCGACGAUCUGAUAGGCUGCAAUGCAAUGGACUUGCGGCGAUUAAAUAUGGAUGAAGAAAAUACAAUCAAAAUGGGCCUAAGAGGAGGAUACCAAGAGGAUGAAGAUGCGUCACUGGGGACGAUCUAUUUCACAAUUAAGCUUCGAAAUUUCUGUGGUGAUGCAGCAUCAUCAGGGUCCAAAUCAAACGGAAAGACGAAGAAAAAGAAGAUAACAGUAGCAAACGCGAUCAUUCAAAUUCGAGAUGUUUUCGAUGUAAAACAAUUCAACAAAGAGCUUCCAAGCAUUCAUCUCAAGGCGAAAUUAGAAGGACAGAAAUAUGAAACAAAGACGAAGCGGAAAUGCCUCAAUCCUGUCUUCAACCGGGCUUGCUAUUUCACGCUGAUGCAGGAGCCGAAUGUGAUGCACAAGGAUCAUAGUCUGCAGAUUGACAUGUUUGAUUCAAAAACCUUAACUGCUUCCGGGACCAUAAAACUGACAUCAUUGGCGCACGAUACACUCCACAAUACCUCCCUCGAUCUCCGAAACGAAGCCGGAAAGCUCCGUGGUCGAGUCAACCUUGCCAUAACCAUUUCUGGAGUAGACGCCGCAGCGACCCACGAAAUGGAGGAAAAGUUCAAACUAGCCUCGAGCGGGAAAAUUUACAACUUGUCGAGAACGCUGAGCGAUUUUACGGACAUUGGAAUUCUAAAGGUUGUUUUACAUUCGGCGGCAAAUCUAAAGGCUUUGGAUGGCGCUUUCGGCUUUGGAACGUCCGAUCCUUACUGCUACGUCGACCUUGGAAACCAACGCUUCCGUACUGCCACAAUCGACAAAACAGUAAAUCCAGAGUGGAAUCGAACAUUUUACUUCGAAAUGGCCGACCUUUACGAGUGCCUGACACUGUCCAUCUACGACGAGGAUCAAAACGAAGAUGACUUUCUUGGUCGAUUAUGUUUGCCCAUCGCGGAUAUGAUCAACGACAAAAAGAUGGAAUACAGACUCAAGACGAAGCGAUUGGAUAGUUUUACGCAGGGAACGCUGACUGUAACUUGCACGAGAUAUUACAAUCCGAUCAGAGGCAAUGCUCGACUCUUCAAGCCAAAAGCCAAGACUUACUGGAACUGCGAGCCAAAAUACAACAUGGACUCGUUUUUUGCUAAUGUCAACCGUCUAAAAGCCUUCGAAAUGCCUGACAUCGCACCCUUAUUAGCAUUAAUGCACGACGUGAUCCACUGGAAAAACAAGCCGCUGUCCUUUCUCAUUUGGAUUGGCACGAUGGCAGCUGUCCACAGCUUUGAGCCGUGGAUGAUCCCGGCGGCGCUGGUUGGAGUCCUCGUUGUUGGCAGAAUUCAGCCCUCGCUCUUUGUCAAGAAAAAGAAAUUCAUCCCCUAUGAAAACACGUUUGUGAGUCUUUUUAAUUUUAAUGUCAAGCUUUACAUUGAAGAAAACUCAUCGAAAAAAUCCUCGAUAAGUGGCGAAAAAGACAAGAGUGGGAAGAAAUCUGAAGAUGCCAUCAAUCAAAACUUCAUCAAAAAAACCCAGGAAAUGAUCAAAUCGGUCGAGCGAAAAAUCGACUUCAUCGCUGGAAUUCUCGAAAAGAUUUUCCAUACUUUUAUCUGGAUUCGCCCUGCUGCUACUUUUACGCUUGUUUUUGCGCUCAUCAUCAUUACCAUUGUACUUAAAUACAUCGGCUUCCGGGUGAUUUUGAUGCUCUGGCUGACGAAGAAACUGACAAUCUACGGGAUCAAGCCCAACUACCAAGACAACAACGAGAUUCUGGACUUUCUCUCGCGCAUUCCGACAAUCCCUGACCUGUACAAAUACAAAGCCGAAGUGUUCCUCCACGACGACUCGGACGAGGAAACCGACAACUCGCCACAGUAA